AUGGAAAAGUUUUUUAAGCGCCAGCUCCUAGAAUUGUGGGAAAGAGGUCACUACGACCCUGAAGAUGAGGAUGAUAGAAAUAUCUUGGCCUUCAUAUACAUUCCAAUUGUUCAAAGAGAAGUAAAUAUUUUCAUAGAGUUGUGGAAUAACUCAAGAAGUAGACUUCAAAAAAAUACCUUAAUGCCUGAUGGUAUUCCCAAUUUUAUCUAUAGCAAUCCUGAGGAAUAUGGUAUGGUUGAUCGAGGCUGGGAAGUGUCUCUAGCUGAACUGCAAGCUGUUGCUAGGGUUUCAGGGGUUUUAGCAGUAGAGCAAGAUUACUUACCAGUUGAAUUUGCAACAAGAUGUUGUGCAGUUGUGCCUGAGCCAGAGAACAUUCCAUCAAAAGAUGCUGCAAGAUUUUAUUUAACAUUGCGCAGAGAAAUAAAGCAGUAG